GAUACGAUCACGACUACCUACUGCAUGAACUAGAGUUGAGGGUCAGCUUGGCGUUUACUGUGUGCAAGCAAACAUAUUCUUUUUCGUUUAUUUUCCAUUUCCUCCUUUGUGUCAUAUCUCUGGACGCCAACCCCAUGAUUUCUAGAUUGUCAGAUCAAGGCCCAGGAUCCUUCAUUUCGCUUCAAAAUUGCACCAUGAUCCUGCAUUGUCACAGCCGAGCAUGGUACAUUCUUUCAUUCCUUUCGAUCAUCAUUUCCUUCCACUUCAUGUGUUCUUCUUCUGUCUCGGCGAUAUAUACUCGAACCGCCGUGGGAAAAAACCGCUUCAUUCUUUCAGCCUAGCUGCAUUUUCCUUGUCUUUGCCCUAUCUUGUAUACCCUUUACUAUUUUCCCC